GUUUCAUCCCAAACUCUGCCCAGAUGCAGCUCCUUCGGACAGGUCUCAGAUCCUUUAUAUUCUGAGAUUUGCCUACUUGAACAUCAGGCAAAUCCGAGCCACAAAGCUGCAACAUCUAUACACCUUGUUGUACGCUGCAGCAGUAAUAACGCUCCGGACGGUUGCGUACCUCACACCCCUUCCUUACUCCUCUCGACUUCAUUGAAGAAAGGCUCCAAUUGUCCAAUGAUGGUGUUUAUUGGCCGAGCCGAAGGACAUGGUUGUGAAGGGGGAGAGAGUCAUGUAGAUCUAAUGGAGUCAACUGAAGGAACAAAGGGCAACAGGAUAGAUCUUGAGGCCAAGACUGUUGCCACGUACAGCAACAGCUUGACCUCCAACACCGUCACCGAUCAUCAAAAAGAAAUUAAAAUCUUUUCAGCUACUGAUGUAACAUUAAAUGGUCUGAAUGAAAAGCAAAUGGAUAAAGUAUGGGAAUUUUCACGACGGACAUUACUGGAAUUCGAUUCAAUAACUUCCUCACAUUCGAGGGAAAUAAGAACGGGAAGGCACUACUCUUACAGAUCGUUCGGACAAGCAGAUAAUAAAUUCAGUGAGGUAUGGAAUAUUUAA